GGACGAUUCUGCGGAGGAGCCGCGAAGGGGCCGCGGAGGCCGGGGAUGCGCUCGGGGUGAAUGGCAUGCAGGGAAAGGAAGAGGAGGAGGAGGAGGAGGAGGAAGCGGCGGCAGAAGAGCAGAUCCCACUCGCCGCGCCGGUGGAAGAGGCGCAAGAGCAUGACAUUUCCCUCUUCGUAAAGGCUGGUAGUGAUGGGGAGAGUAUUGGAAACUGUCCAUUUUCUCAGCGCCUCUUCAUGAUUCUCUGGUUAAAGGGUGUCAUAUUUAAUGUUACCACUGUGGAUUUGAAACGGAAGCCUGCAGACUUACAGAAGUUAGCUCCAGGAACAAAUCCUCCAUUUAUGACUUUUGAUGGUGAUGUGAAAAUAGAUGUGAAUAAAAUUGAGGAAUUCCUAGAAGAAAAAUUAGCACCUCCAAGAUAUCCCAAACUUGCACCAAAUCAUCUGGAAUCUUACUCUGCAGGAAACGAUGUGUUUGCUAAAUUUUCUGCGUUCAUUAAAAACACAAGGAAAGAUGCCAAUGAAAAUUUGGAAAAAUCAUUGCUGAAGGCUUUGAGGAAACUGAAUAACUACUUAAAUGCCCCCUUGCCUGAAGAAAUCGAUGCCUAUAGCACCGAAGAACUCACUGUUUCCACAAGGAAAUUCCUAGAUGGAGAUGAACUCACGCUAGCAGACUGCAAUCUCUUGCCAAAACUACAUAUCAUCAAGGUUGUGGCAAAGAAAUAUAGAAAUUUUGAAUUUCCAUCUGAAAUGACUGGAAUCUGGAGAUAUUUGAACAAUGCAUAUGCGAGAGACGAGUUCACAAAUACUUGUCCUGCAGAUCGGGAAAUAGAGUUCGCCUAUUUGGAUGUUGCAAAAAGAAUGAAAUAAAUCAAGAAUCUUCUAUUUCUAUAUAUCUUCAGUGAGCUUGAUUUUUAAAAA